CUUCAUCUUCUUCGCCAAACUCCCUCGCGCUCCGUUUCCUACUUUUCUAGGUUUCGCCGUCGCCUGUGGCGAUGGACGUCCCUAACAUCGACGAGAUCGCCGCGUCAUUACGGAGCUGCUCUCUGGGCAGAGCCGACCGGACUCCGUCGCCGCCGCCGCCGCCGCCUCCGCCUCCGCCUCCGCCCGGGAAGAUAACCGUGGACUUGAACUCGGAGAUCCCCCUUCCCUACCACUGGGAGCAGCGACUCGACAUGCAGACAGGGGAAAUCUACUACAUCAACUGGGAGACCGGCGUGAGGACCAUCCUCGACCCUCGCUCCGCCGGCACCUCGACGUAUUCAUCGAGCUACUACUACUCCGACGAAGACGAAGUCUCCGGCACAAGAAGCGGCAGAGGCGGGUGCGACGAGGAGGAAGAAGAAGACGGCUACGAUGAGACAGUCGAUUCCGACGAAGACGAAGCCUUUGGUACCGGCAGCAGCAGGAACGGGUGCGACGACGAGGAGGAGGAGGAGGACUCUAGCGGCGAUGACGGAGAAACCCUCAUCGCCGCCGGCUGCAACGCCUGCUUCAUAUACUUGAUGGUCCCUAAGGGCGCCCCCGCCUGCCUCAAGUGCGGCGGCGCCCUCAUUCACCUCGGCGACUACCUCUGAGAUUAAAAAGAAUCAGAUUUUAAGGAACAAGCUUCCAUUUUCUCCGUAAUUCCAUUUCUCCCACGGGAAUUGCUUCUGUUCCAUUCUUCCGGUGGAGAGCUGGCUGUGGCAGUGGUUUCGUCGGCGUCCAUAGAUGAGCUUGUGAUCUCUGCGGAUGAGAUUUUGAUUCCCUAUUUUGGGUGUCGGCUUUUGAUCCUACACCUGCUGCCAAUCUGCUUGCCGCCUGAGUGUAGGACGUACGCAGAGUGAUA